UGAGCCUGAACCAGUUUUCGGAUCUGAGCUUCGCCGAGUUUAAAAAGUUGUACCUGUGGAGAGAGCCGCAGAACUGCUCAGCCACGAAAGGGAACUUCGUGCGCAGCUCCGGGCCGUAUCCCGAUUCCAUCGACUGGAGGAAGAAGGGAAAUUACGUGACACCUGUGAAAAACCAGGGCGCCUGUGGGAGCUGCUGGACUUUUUCCACCACGGGGUGUUUGGAGUCUGCUAUUGCUAUUUCGACGGGAAAGCUCCUCUCUCUGGCGGAACAACAGUUAGUUGAUUGUGCCCAGGCUUUUAACAACCAUGGCUGCAGUGGGGGGCUGCCCAGCCAAGCCUUCGAAUACAUAUUGUAUAACAACGGGCUCAUGGGGGAGGACACGUACCCGUACCGGGGCAAGAACGGCACCUGCAAGUUCCAGCCAGAGAAGGCUGUUGCGUUUGUCAAGGAUGUUAUCAAUAUCACGCAGUAUGACGAGGACGGCAUGGUGGAAGCUGUGGGGAGGCACAACCCGGUGAGCUUUGCGUUUGAGGUGACGAGUAACUUCAUGCACUACAGAAAAGGAGUCUAUUCCAACCCACGAUGCGAGCACACUCCAGACAAGGUGAACCAUGCUGUCCUCGCUGUGGGGUACGGAGAAGAGGACGGGACUCCGUACUGGAUUGUGAAGAACUCCUGGGGCCCACGGUGGGGCAUGGACGGGUACUUCCUGAUUGAACGUGGCAAGAACAUGUGUGGUCUUGCGGCUUGUGCAUCUUACCCAGUUCCUCAGGUGUGA